AAAGAGCUGAAAAUACCAAUAUUUAUACAAGAAAUUUGUUACAAUUGGCCAAAAUAAGCUAAAAGUUGGCUAUUAAUAAUAAUAAUGAAAAUUGCUACAAGUUGCUAAAAUUAUCUAAAACAUGACUAUCUAAAAUGUAGCUCAAAAUAUGCUAGAGCUGCCAAGCUGGCACAAAAAAGCUAUUACACGUGGCUAAAAAUACUUAUCUUAAAGUGAACUAAAAAUAUGUCAAACAUAUGUACUUUAAAGGUUAGCUAGAAACAUGCUAAGAAAAGCUAUAUUGUCGCAAACACAACUGCUUUUGCUGUCUAUUAAGAAACAUGAUUUGAAGAGGCAAAAAGAAUUAUAUAUUUGCGCAUAUUUGAAGCUAAAUUUGUAGCUUUUCAGCUUUAGAUAUAGCCAUAAUGUAGCUUGAGCAGCGGCAACACAGAUGCGGAAGGUGUUGUCGCGCUAAAUGUUUUUGAUGCAAUCAAACACAGCAACAAUAACAACAAAAUAUGAAACCGAAACGCAUGUUUAAUUAAGAUUCCGGUUCGAGGGCUGAUGUUCGUGUUCGGAUCGAACGUGGCGCUUCUUGGCAAUCGCUUGCUAAUUUUUCUUAUAAAUAGCCACAGAUAUUUCAAAAAGGCACAGCAUAACGCAACACCCCACAAGCCCAGCCACAACUUGAGUCACAAAUAUGUUUAAUAGCAAAACACAAGCCCAAAACCUCGGCCUGAUGCUGCUGCAGCUGCUGCUGCUGCUUGUGGCAGCUGUCAGCAUGGAUGCUGCGGCGUUGCGGCCGCGUCGCGAUGUCUCACACUUGCCGCUGGAGUACUUGCCGCCUGUGGUGCUGCCGCCGCUGCCUAGUCGCGAUUACCUGCCGCCCGUGGAGCAGCAUGCCGCCAGCUUGCCGCACGUUGUGACGCCACCUCGUGAUUAUCUGCCACCUGUGGAGUCACUGCAGCUGAGCAACGAGUAUUUGCCGCCCGCAUCCCUCGAGCAGCUAAGCGAGUCAACAACCGAGGCAGCACCAGCCACAACAACUAGCACCACAGAGCUGCCUACAACAGAGGCUGCGCCCACCAACCCCACCACGGAGCAGCCGGCAGCUGUGGAAACCGAAUCACCUGUGGAGCCCGAAACGCACGAAGAGAUUGUGGAGCCUGCCGGCGUGCUGCACGCGGAUGGCUAUCAUUAUGCCGCGCCCGACAUCAUACCCGACCUGACGCCCACGGCUGCGCCCGUGGAGGCCUAUUUGCCGCCACUCGAUGACAAUGCCGUGGUGGCUGAGGAGCUGCCGGAGAGCGAGGAGUCCGCCGCUUUGCUGGACGAUGGCUAUCAUUAUCGCGCGAUCAGGCGGCUGCGCUUCUAA